UCAUGGCGGACAGAGACAGCGGCAGCGAGCAGGGUGGCGGCGGCGGAGCGCCGGGCUCGGGCCCGGGCGGCGGCGGCGGGCCCGGCAGUAGCAGCGGCGGCGGCGGCGUGGGCCUCCAGCACGAGACGCAGGAGCUGGCCUCCAAGCGGGUGGACAUCCAGAACAAGCGCUUCUACUUGGACGUGAAGCAAAACGCCAAGGGCCGCUUCCUGAAGAUCGCCGAGGUGGGCGCCGGGGGCAGCAAGAGCCGGCUGACGCUCUCCAUGUCGGUGGCGGUGGAGUUCCGCGACUACCUGGGCGACUUCAUCGAGCACUACGCGCAGCUGGGCCCCAGCCAGCCGCCGGAGCUGGCGCAGGCCGCGGACGAGCCCCGGCGGGCCCUGAAGAGCGAGUUCCUGGUGCGCGAGAACCGCAAGUACUACAUGGAUCUGAAGGAGAACCAGCGCGGGCGGUUCCUGCGCAUCCGGCAGACGGUCAACCGCGGCCCGGGCCUGGGCUCCACGCAGGGCCAGACCAUCGCCCUGCCGGCCCAGGGGCUGAUCGAGUUCCGCGACGCCCUGGCCAAGCUCAUCGACGACUACGGCGUGGAGGAGGAGCCGGCCGAGCUGCCCGAGGGCACCUCCUUGACGGUGGACAACAAGCGGUUCUUCUUCGACGUGGGCUCCAACAAGUACGGCGUCUUCAUGCGGGUGAGCGAGGUCAAGCCCACCUACCGCAACUCCAUCACCGUCCCUUACAAGGUGUGGGCCAAGUUCGGGCACACCUUCUGCAAGUACUCGGAUGAGAUGAAGAAGAUCCAGGAGAAGCAGAGGGACAAGCGGGCUGCUGCCGCCGCCGCCGCCGCCGCAUCCUCGUCUUCCUCCGGGGGUGCAGAGCAGCAGCCGGAGACGGAGAGCAGCAGCAGCACCGCUGCCGCCACCGGCCCGCCGGGAGCCUUGCUGCAGGCCGAGGAGACAGAGGAGGAUUGAUCUCCAUCCCUCCUUUUCUCCCUCCUCCUCCCCACCUCCCUCCCCACUUGGCUGCCUCCUCCCUGCCCUGCUGCACAGAGACACUCGUAAUAAUAAUGACAACAACAACAACAACAACACAGAGAGAGAGACUUUAUACUGUAAACGAGAGAGAGAGAGAGAAUCAACACCCACACACCGCAAAUAAUACAUGCAGUUAAAUAUACCUGUUGUUAUAACUCCAAGGGGAGCACCACCCACCCACCACCAAAACUGACAGCCGAUCAAGCAACUUCUUUCUCUCCACCCCAUCGCUGGAUUGUUCCUUCCACUCUUGCCCAUCGUAUAAAACAUCCUGCUUCUCAGAUGGAUGGUAUCCGAGCUUCCUUUGCAUUGAAAACUACAUCCCAGAAUCCCUUGUGCUGCUGCUACGUCAACUGCAUCUCUCCAAUUGGCCUGCCUUGCUCUAGGGACUUUUACCAGUAAAUAUCGGUUUAUUCCUGAAACCAGAAGCCCUAAACAUAUCUUUGUUUAUAAGCCUCCCUUUUUGUGGUUCUGAUUGUGCAAUAUAAUUGGCAACAACUUUAAUCUGAGCAAUUGACACUGGUCCUUCUUCGAAUCAUUCAGAAGGCUUGCGGAGAACCCCUCUUGCCACUCUGGAACACAUGUGAAAUCACUUAUUUAAUGGUCAAAGACUAAUUAUCUUCAGCACUGAUAAAUUACAAUGCAAUUCAAACAAUCCAAAAUAGUAUAUUAUUACUUUUUCCUACAUAAAAAAAACCUUUACAAUUUCAAAUUGGAAAGAAGGUUCUAUUAAUGGUGUAUAUCAUUCUCAGAUUUUUAAUGUCAAUAUUGUAAUUUUGUAAUAUUGUCAUCACUUAAUUAAAUUGUUUAACAUGGAUAUUCUAUGUAAAUUAAAUUUUAUUCCAAGGUGCUCCAAAUUUCCAUGCUAUGUUGCAGUCAGUAUUAUUCCAAUAAAAGAUUUCUUUAUUAGAAAGGUGAAGGUAGUUCUGUAUGUCAUUCUUAAAUCUUCUAAGUCCUGUAUUGCUAAAACUUUGUAGUUGUGCAAUGUCUUAAAAACUGAGUAGCUCUUAACAGGACAGUUUGAAAUUGUGUGUGACACGAUUUCUCACAUCAUACUAAGCUUGCAGUUUGAUCAUCCACCACACCCUUACAGAGCCGCUUUGCACUUCCCUUUAUGUAAAUGGGAAAACAAGCCAGGAUUCAACACUUAAACAUACAGUAGCUUCCCAUUACAUGCAAAACAGGGAUUCCAGACAAGCCAGAAUUCAUAAGCUAACUUCAAACCCUAGCUUAAUGCUGGCUUCUGAUCCUGGCUUGUUUGAAAGCCCUUAACUGUAGUUCCCAGUUCACACAUGAUGGAAAACUUUGUUUAUGUGCUGAAUCCUUGCUUGUUUUACAACUUGCACAAAUGGAGGAAUGAAAUGGGAGUGAAUUACUGUAUCUGUGGGCACUUCCACUCUGCUCAUGCAUAUUCUGAAUUAUUUUGACUUUCUGUGCUAACACAGCCAAUGAAGUAGAAAAUCUCUACAUAUUUUGACUAGGCACCUUCAAGAAAGUAGAAACGCAGGUAGUUCAAAUCAGUUUACAAUAUUCCUCUAAUCUGAGAUUUCACCCCAAAAAAUCUGAAGUGAGGUUUCCACAGUUGUAGCACUUGUGGAUCAGACCCCUUACACUGCUCAAACAUUUAAAGUUUUUUUUUUUUUUAGUGCAUAAGAACGAGAGAUGAAGGCAAGAAAACCUUCAUUCUUUAUUGGCUAAACUGAAGGAACUUUCCUGUACAUUGAAGAUGAAUGGGAAAUAAUCUAUUAGCUUUUCUGGAAAGAGCAAUAGUUCCUGGAAGUCCAAGAUUUCAUUAUUAUGCUGAAUAUUUAUGACAGACAGAUUACCUUUUGGCAUUUGUGAACCGCCCAGAGAGCUCCGGCUAUUGGGUGGUGUAGAAAUGCAAUAAAUAAAUAAAUUUUACUAUAGGGUACCGUUAAAUUCAUAACCAUUUUAAACCAGAGAGCUUUACCUUUUUAACACAAUGGCGAACCAUGACAAGCCAACCCUCCACUCAGUCAUGUUUGCAGAUACAUGUCAAUGUGAAGAGAGGCAAGUAGAAAGCAUGUGGAGAAUGGCAGCAAUCUGUUGAAUCACAGCUGAUAGGAAAAGUCUAGCCAUGGUAAUGGUUUAUGCUAACUGUUCUCUAUAUGGUUACAUUACACCAUGUACAUGAUGACAUGGAAGGAUUUAACAGUGCAAACUAGUCCUGGGCAUUUUUUUACUCUCAGAAGAAGAGGAUAAAAAUAGUUAUGUAUUAUUCACAUGUGAGUUUCCUGAAAAGACAAGAAAAAUAUCUCUCAAGAAAGACUAGAAAUAUCUCUCAAGUCUCUGUAUAUUUUUUGCUAGUUAACCUUUAUUAGAUGUGCCAGUAUGCAUUGUUUUUUUCUAUAUUUUUAAUUAUCAUACAAGCAUAUACUGUAAGAGUACACACUUAUUAGAAGAUGGAAAGUGGUACUAGGCAAAAAUACUUGUUUUUAUUUAUGUAAAUAGUUGCUAUUUUUGUUCUUAAUAAACCUGGCAACCAUCUCAUAACUCUUGUAUUUUAACCUAACGGGCAAUGUUCAGAUGUUCUGUGGCUUAUGUAUUUGUGUAAUUGUUUGUAAGUAACUACUAACUCUGAAUUGUAAGUAAGAACCACGCUAGUUUCAUUUAUUCAAAAUAGUUUCUCUCCUGUCUAAAAGUAUUUUCAGUUACAUGAGAAAAGGAAUUUAUUUAUUUUUUUAAGAUAGUCAAUGCAAGUUCUGGUUUCUCUGCUUUUAAAAAAUACCAGGGUGGGGAUUUUAUCCAGUUUUCACUUGAUAGACCAAAGUUACCAUUGACACUGUCUUGCAACGCUGAUCAAAUUUAUCUUCUUUGCACUUUAAAUGGAUUUUAAAAAAAAGGAAAAUCAAGGUGUCAAUUGCAUAUACAUUCACUGUAUAGUAGAAUGUAUAUCAUUAGUCAGUCUGUUUAUAAAGAGGGUAUUUUCCUUUGUUGCGGGAAGGAGAGUACUCAAGCAAUGUAUUUGCUAGUCAAUAUAAAGUGUUUACAUGUAAUUAUUUAAUAAAUUAUUUGAUUUUAA